AUGGGAAGCUACGCCGAGGAACCUCCCUUCAGGACUAUCAAAGUCAAAGAAGUCCAUCCUACUUUUGCGGCAGAAGUUGAGGGCAUUGACUGGAAGAACUUAUCCGAUGAGCAAUUCAAUGAGAUUUUUGCAGCCAUGGCUAAGUAUGGCAUCAUAAUGCUCCGGAACACUGGACUUGACGAUGCCGGCCAGAUCGAAUUCUCAAAGCGCGUUGGUGAACUCGAUACCAUGAGGCGCUACAUGACCAACGGUCGUAAGCCUAGAUAUCAGUUCUACGAGCUCUUUGAUGCCGGAAAUAUUGACGAUCAAGGGGGAGUCCUUGACCCUGAUAGCCCCAGAGCACACUAUGGAAAGGUAAUAUCUACUCUCGUUGAUACCCUGCAGCUCAUUAACAACACCUUGAAGGGCAACCAAUUGUUUCACGUCGAUUCAUCGUUCAAUCCUCGUCGAGCAAGCUACUCGAUUCUUCGUGCUGUGGAGCUGCCGCCCUUGGGCAAUGGAGGCAAUACUGACUUCGCUGACUCUCGCACGGCUUGGGAUGAUUUAGACCCUGAGUUCCAAAAGGAGCUCUUGCAGAAAGACUAUGUUGUCAACCACUCGAUCGCUCAGUCCAGGAAACUCGGUUCCCCAGAGUUCUUCAAAGAUCUGGACCCAACCAAUGGCGGCCAAAUGUCCCGCCAUAAACUAAUUCAAAAGCAUGAGCCAAGCGGUCGUAUGAACAUUUAUAUUGCUGCCCACUCCCACAGCAUCGUGGGUCUCCCAAAGGAUGAGUCUGAUGCCCUGAUAAAGAAGUUGCUCGAUCAUGUUACCCAGAGCAAAUAUGUCUACAGCAGUGAAUGGCGGAACAAUACGGACAUGAUCAUCUGGGAUAACAGGUGUACGUUGCACAGGGCGAAUGGUGGAGCAUAUGAAGGGAAGUACAGACGUGAUCUGCGCCGGACGACUGUACAUGACACGAGCCCGACUGCUUGGGGUUUGAACAAAGUCGUAGAUAACACUGAGGACUGGGUUGUCAACCACGGGGCAACCUCGGCGGCCGCGAACACAGUUGUGCCUCUCAAGGCUUGA